CAUGAUAGAGCAUUCUCGACAGGAAAGUAGCGAGCGCAGCGCUUUCUAGAAAGGAAACACAAGCAAGACAGAUGACGAUUAUCGUUCUAUGGCAAGAUACGAUACAAAAGGUGUAUAUAUAUUUGUUUAAGAGUGUAGAAUAAAGAACUCCCGGCGACAAUAACAGUGCAAUUCAAAUUUGCCGCUCUGCGCAACCGCCAACUCGUGUCCACAUUCUUAACAGUCAAGUUAAUUAUUUUAUAUGUCUUUAUUGUUAUUUCAUAUUAAACUAACGCACUUGUGUGAUUUAAGCUUGUUUAUUUAUAAACUACGCCGUUUUUUUUUUUUUUUUUUUUUUGUUGCGCAAGUCAUUAGCUGUCAAGGCAAAGUCAAGAUCAGCCAAGCCCGUCAGUGUUCGGUGCUGCUGCUGCUGCUGCUGUUUACAAACAUUAGCGUACGCUGUUUCGCUUGUUCAAUUAAGGCGCUUAUGCCCUGCUCCUCAAUGUGUAUUGGAAGCAACGAAAAUGGACGAACGUAAAGCAUUUUUCCACCGGUUCGUUCACCUAGAUCUUAAGGGAGCCGCCUUCAAAGUUUCCUAUUAUGAAGAGUUGCUGCCACUCAUCGCAAGAAUUGGGGCGACUGGUGUCCUUAUCGAAUAUGAGGACACAUUUCCUUACUCCGGUGACCUCGAAGACCUCAGGCACCCGGAGGCGUACUCUCAAGAAUGCGUUAUGCAGAUUAUACAGAUAGCCAAGCUUUCGAAUCUCCUAGUCGUACCUCUGGUCCAGACGUUCGGCCAUUUAGAGUUCGUCCUGAAGCGCUCGAAGUUCUUCGAGUUCAGAGAAGUUGCACGGUACCCGAACGUGCUCUGCCCGUCUCACCCAAAAUCAUCGUCUCUAAUCGAGGAAAUGGUGACACAAGUGAUGCAGCUUCACUCGGAUGCGCAAUGGUUUCAUCUAGGUGCUGAUGAGGUCUGGCACCUGGGCCAGUGUGAACGGUGUCGUACGGUCAUGGUGGACAAGCAGUGGGGCAAAGACCACCUGUACGUGGACUACUUGUCACGGAUUGUGAGCACACUGCACAAGAAGUACCCCAUGCUGAAGUUCAUCGUGUGGGACGACAUGAUGCGCGACAUGGACCCACAAGUAAUCACCGGUGCAGGACUGCAUCAUCUUGUGGAGCCCAUGGUUUGGCAUUACUUUCCUCAAUCGGAGUUCCGGCUCAAGCAAAGUAUGUGGGACAAGUACCUUUCCAUAUUCCCCAACGUGUGGAUAGCCAGUGCCUUCAAGGGGGCCACUAAGAUCAACCAAAUGCUGACGCCCACGUCCUUCCACAUCAGCAACCAUGAGGCCUGGAAUAAGGUCCUCAUGGACAACAUCCAGCAUGCAGGGUCGUUCAGGGGCAUAGCCCUCACUGGCUGGCAGAGGUUUGAUCAUUUUACUGUCCUCUGCGAGCUGUUGCCAGUGGCUAUUCCUUGUUUGGCCCUGUGCUUAAAGACAAUCAUGGCAAAAACAGGGCUGACCACUGAAGCUCAUACGGAGGUGUCACAAUCCAUAGGCUAUUUUGGCAACAUUGAGAUCGACAUCUUUCCAAGACCACAGACAGUGCCACCUGUUCCGAACUUUCCUGGGGGAAAGUUACAUGUGUCUGUGUUGCAUCUGACCAAUGUCAUAGCAGAACUGGAGCAAGUGCUUUUGAACCCAAGUGUGCAGGGUGGAUUCCACGAGUUUCUAGUGGCUCACAACAGAACAAAUCCACUUCAUGUCGACCAGUUCGUCAGCACAAGUCGAAAGUUUGCUUCUAGUGAACAUCGAGUCCAUUUAUCGAGACAUCACAAAGGAGCUAUCGGACAUUUACUACCAGAGCACAGUUGAGGAGUGGCUCUCUACUUAUGUCAGCCCGUGCCGCGAGAAGCUGAAGAAACUUGUCAGCGAUGCGGACUUGCAAAUAGCUGUGAAUGUGCCCAUGUGAUUUCAAGGCUCACUCAGUUGUAGGCACCGAACUUAUGUAUCUUUGCGUUCAUGCAAUGUUAGCCUUUUGUUGUGCAAGUAGUUCACUGAAACAAAAGAACGGUAUACCAACCCUGGCUGUAGUCGCCAGUUCCAACAGGUGACUUAUUAGCUGUUCGCGCUCAUCGUUGUUUGAACUGGAGCUAGACCUAAUAUUGCUUCCUGUGUCUGCUACGAUAGUGAAAGCUGCUUAUUAUGUGAAAUGAUUAAAAUCAAUAGUGCGAUGUGAUCGUAUAGCUUCAAGCACACUGUAACUAAAGAAUUAAAUAGCAUUUACGUGUGACUUCACUUCCUUCCUGCAUUCUAAUGAAACCACAUCUUUAUAAGUUCUUUGGAGUAUUUUCCUCGUAUUCUAAGAAUUCAUUCCGGUUUCAAUAAAAAAAAAGAAUGCAUAUCAGUGUUAUGAAAACUGUUACAUGUAAGUGCUUUUAUGCUUCAAGCUUUCCAGGAUGCACCAAGGAUUCCAUCCUGACGGCCCAACAUUCUGUAAAUUACAGGCAUUGUGCUGUCCUCACUACAUAAUGGUGGCUAUGUCUUCAGAAGUGCACUAUAAUCAUUGCUGAGCAUUUCUUGCUUUUAUUUGUAACAAAUUCCAAAUGCAUUUUACUCACUGUAAAUGCAUUGACAGCGACUUUAACAACACUGAGCUGAAGCAGUAGUUAGGCCUGCCAUAAGCGCGCAAGCAUUUUGGACCCUGUGGCCAUCUGCAUGUGAAUUAACGACAUGCUCGGCUUUUCAUUCCGAGUGUUUUGACAGUUGUACAAGGUAGCACAGCAUUCGUAGUGUAUUGGGUAGCAAGCUGAUUCUAACAGUGACAAUUUUGCUUCGUUAUUGCCAUUAGGAUGCAUUUAAUAUGCUCACAGUAAAACACGUUUCCUCUCUCUCAUAACCUUUGCAGCGCUCUCAAAGCACUCUGACACGACUUGUCAAAACUGCAAAAAGUCAUGCUAAAGGUGUAAUAAAACGCACACAUGCUCUAAAGAGAUUUCUGCAAAAUUUGAAGUUGCAGGAAUAAUUAUGGCAAUGAAGAACAAGAAUGUGUGCGUGCCUUAUUUUUGAAUUUUUUUAUGUGCAGGCAACGCUUAAUUUAUAAUUCUUUGGGCACGUGCUCUUAUGACCUACUUAUAAACAACACUGCCAGUGUGUGUUUUCUUUUGUUAUGCUUUUGUCUUUCUGAUGGUUCAUUCAUGUUGCCAGGUCGAUGAAAUUGAGAGUUCUGUAUACCUUCUGCUUUCACUUAAUAGUAUAUAGGCUAAGUUGCAUGCUACUGAUGUUCUAAAUGAAUCUUUUGUGCUAGUGUAAAUUCCUGCAACUUUUUAAUUGCAGUUGUGCCCGUGUGGUGGUUACUAUGCUGAACUCCUUAUAUGUUUGCUGUGCCUGCUAGUUAUUUUUGGCUGUUGUGUGCGAUUUGACGCUAUAAACGUAACGCAGAGUUGCUUUCAUGAAGUAGGCAUCUGGUAGGCUCAGUUACGGCACAAACAGUUAUCCCACGCUUUGAACGCACUUGGCCUUGAGAACUGUUGCAUGAAGCCGUCUCUGCUAUGGAAAGAUGCAAGUUUUGUGAGUCACGAAAAAAUGGUAUGCUCUUGUAAAGCAAAUGAACAAGUGGGCAUUGCCAUGGGUAUCAUGCCAUCAGACUGCGAAGCUAAUUUAUGGCAACUUUUGUAAAGAAACUGAAGGCCUAAAUCCACAGUAAGAUUUUCAAAAACAAUAGAAUUCAGCUUUGUUUACAUAGUGCGUCAAGCUUCACUCAAACUGGUUCUGUGCUUAAUGUGUCUGCAUUUCACAUGUAUUGGAAUCUGGAAAUCGGGCUUGGCCUUGAGAAAUAUGUUGCGGAAAUUUCACGCUUGCUCGGCUAUGGCCCUCCCUGCAUUUGACAUGUGUGGUCCAGAAAUGGCGUGGAGAGACUCGGGCAGCAAGUACUUUGCCUUUAUGUACCAGUGCGUUCCUGUGCUCUUGGGGCAGUACAUUACUGCCAGGCAACUUGCACAUUCAGUACUGGAUCAGUGAAAGCUAGACACAUUCAUUUCUCUAAUUGCAAUAAGCAAACUGCAAGCUUACCUCCUUUAGGCAGGCUUGGCGGGCUUGAGUCCUGCCCCUUAAGGUGCUGAAUCUACAAUUGCACGUGCCAAGGUAAUACCUCACAAGCACAAGUGCCGAAGAGAAUAACAUUUGGAACAAGUGUGGAUUGUAAGAAACUUCAUUGCAUCUGUGCGAAAACAUCGGUUAAUACAUAUGUUCACCGUAUCGGAGGGUGAACUGAAAGACUGUCGUCAGUGUCAUUGCUUUAGGCUCUAGCACGCGAUCAUGUUGGGCGAUUCUUUGUUAUAUGUAUUUAUCGAUCGAGCAUCUCAGAUGUCUAGGCGUUUACAAGGGUGCGCAUGAAAUACCCUGUCACUUCAGUUCCCACGCAUAAAAUUUCUUUCAGAUGAAAGUGGAGUCCAUACUCACGGAUGCAAUGAACUUGAUCAGAAAUUGAGAAGUAUUCAUCUUAUUUUUGUCUGUUUUUGAUCAACCUAAAUAUUCAAAUGUGUUAUAUUUUCGGCAAACGGAAUUAACUUGCACCUAAAAGGAAUGUGUAGAUGUGUAAUUUGUGGAAAUUAGAAUUGCACAAUGUGUUUUUGACAGUAGCACCAAUGUGAAUGUCUGCACUCUAGUGCAAGCGUAGAGUCUUAAUGUAAAGGUAGGCGAGGAGCCAACUUGUACACUGUUCACAUGCAACAAUCCACAUUCCACAAGUUCAGUAAAAGCUCUAGUAUCACUGGGCGGAAAAGGCACUGUCAAGAUUGAGUUGGCAAAGCCAACCACAUAAAAGUUGCUCAACAAAAGAUUGCUACUUGGGCUGCCAAUAAUACUUCACCUUAGAUCUUGCAGAUGCCGAUAAAGUGUGCCACUUUCUCAUGAUUUGCUUAGUGUGCGUCCCUCUUUUUUUUUUUUUUCCCUGCAAGCUUGUGGGAAGAGACGAAUCAAUGCUUGCUUAUCCUGAUGCUCAUUAGCGGUUGUCUUAACAUGUAUCUGUGAUUUUUGUGUUAUAAUUUAUAGGGGACUGAUCUCGGCAUGUAAAAAUGGCAGUUAUAUAAAACCACUCUAUACUGCAAA